AUUCUGUGUUCGUUCGCGUCGCAACGUGUCGGCAGCUGCUGCUUUAACAUUAAAUCUUGCUAAUUCCGUUAAUGUUAUUGUUAUUGUUGGGUGCUGUUGCUUUAGCCAGUGCCUGUGGCGUUGGCGUUGUCGUCAUUUAACGCGCUUACAAUUUCAGUUUCAAUUGUCCGUUAUGUUGGGAAUGUGCAAAUUGCUCCAUUUGAUAUUUUCGGACGCAUAAACGCAUAAAAGAAGCGCAAUUCAAACGUAACAAUAACAAUUACCAUUUGUUUACUUUAAGUGCCAAUUUGAAUGUGCCCAGCACGCGAACAAUAAACGCCGCAAUUAAUUAACUGUUUAUCAAGACGCUGACCAAGGUGCGAGGAUUUCUUACUCAGGCUCAGAAAUGCGUGUUCUGCCAGCACAAACCAUUUGUUGUGCGAGUGUGCCGUGUGUGUUCAAUAAGUGUGUGUAAAUGCAAAUGUAAAAUUGUGCACGUAACUGGACAUCGUUGUCAUCGGGUCAGUUAAAUGUUUUGUUUGUUUUUGCCAUCGCAUUUGGCAUUGGCAUUGCCGUUAAAUGCUAAUUUCGUCACCUGGGAGCUGUUCAUAUUACCGGCCAGACUGAGUCAGUCCCCAGUGGGGGUUUUUUAAUGCAAAGGGACGAAACAGACUGUGGAAAAUAAAUGAAAACCGGAAAUUACUUAUACUUAAAAUGAACCAAAGUUGCGCCAGACUUAUAAUGUGGCUACAAUUUGAAAUUGGAUUGGUAGCAUUUUUGAACAAAAUUGCUAGAAAAAGUACUUUAUCAGCUUAAGUAAUUACUUGUUUAAAGUUGAAAAGCAAAAUGGAGUUUUACAGCCUGACCUGGAACAGCCGUCGCACGGAUCUCGAGCGUUUAAUGGUUAAUGAGGAGCGAUUAUUUUACAUUGCCCCAGAACAGCCCCUGCUGCACAACGACGAUGAUUAUCAGAAUUCCUCUGGCUUACUAAAGUACAUUGAGAACUCCACAGAGGUAUCAAUGAAAUCUAUGGAUGUUGCUGUCACAUCGACAACAGAGUACAUCAAUGUGACCUUCCUGAUGAACUCUAGCUGCAAUGAUUGGGAACCUCAAUCAGAUGAUUUAUGGUCCAGUGCAUACUUCAAGAGUGUCGUCUAUCUGCUGUACAUUCCCAUCUUUAUCUUUGCCUUGCUUGGCAAUGGCAUCGUCUGCUACAUAGUUCAAUCUACGCCACGGAUGCGUACAGUAACCAAUUACUUUAUAGCCAAUCUGGCCUUUGGAGACAUUCUCAUGUCUCUGUUUUGCGUUCCCUCCUCUUUCAUCUCGCUGUACAUCGUCAACUAUUGGCCCUUUGGCAUUGUGCUCUGUCACUUUGUCAACUAUUCGCAGGUGGUCUCCGUACUUGUUAGCGCCUACACAUUGGUUGCUAUCAGCAUUGAUCGAUAUAUCGCCAUCAUGUGGCCACUUCGACCUCGCAUCACAAAGCGCUAUGCAAAGUUUAUUAUAGCCGGCAUUUGGUUUAUUGCGUUGGCGACUGCGUUUCCCAUACCCGUCGUCUCCCGCUUGGUGGUGCCCAAAUCGCCUUGGCAUGAGAAAUGCGAAAAAUACAUUUGCCGCGAGGAUUGGCCGGAGGAGGAACAGGAUUACUACUACACUGUGGCGCUGUUCACGCUGCAGUUCAUCGUGCCACUUCUGGUGCUCAUAUUCACAUACACACGCAUCGCCAUCGCCGUCUGGGGCAAGCGUCCGCCCGGCGAGGCGGAGAACUCGCGAGACCAGCGCAUGGCGCGCUCCAAGCGCAAGAUGAUUAAGAUGAUGCUGACUGUUGUCAUUGUAUUCACCAGCUGCUGGCUUCCCUUCAACAUUCUACAGCUGCUGUUAAAGGAUGCGGAGUUUGCCAUUUGGAAACCACUUCCCUAUGUAUGGUUCGCAUUCCACUGGCUGGCAAUGUCACACAGUUGCUACAAUCCCAUCAUCUAUUGCUAUAUGAAUGCCCGUUUCCGUGGCGGCUUCCUUCAGAUUAUGUACCGCGUUCCCGGCCUGCGUCGCUGCUGCUGUUUGCACCGUUAUUUGCGCAGCCGUGGUGAGCGCAGCUAUGAAGCAACCGGAACCGAAGAUGCAUUCCACCUACAUCGUGUGAACACCUGCACCACCUACAUCAGCACAAGACGAAAGCUGCGCACAAAUUCUAUGCAAAUGAGCCAAUUUUCAUGUGCAGAGACCACUGUCUUGCGGUAGCUUCCGACACCACUCAGGAGCCACAAUCAAGAUUCCAGCCGCGGAACGCCCACAGUGCGUUUCAUUACAACGGAACCAACUCUGUAAGCUCUACGCAGUUCUGAAUGUUUGCAGAUGAGAUGAAACCAAAGAUGUGCUGAAUCUCCAUUGACAUAAAUAGCUAUUCGUCUAUCUACUAAGUGUAUUGUAAAUGUUAACUCAAUGUAAAUGAAUAAAAUAUGUACAUUGAAAUUAUCCCUA